AAUCUUCGUUGGCGCUACGAUGACGAAGUACCCGUUCGGUUUUUGCAUUUCAAAUGACCCCUGGUCCAAUCCCCGAUACUAUCCAGCACAUUGCAUUGAAGAAGUGAAAAUCAAAUCAAAACAAAAUAGCGCCAAUAUAUUCAGCGAUUCCACCGUUCUUUAUCAUUCCCUUUUCGUAGCUUUCCUCUGUCACAUUUUCGGGCUUCAGUUGGGCGAGAUAAUCCAUGAGCAGUGGUUCGGUUUGAUCUCCAAAGUGGGAUCUUAAAACAAAUAUAUCCAAUUCAUAUAUAUACAAAUAUAAAAGUGUAAUAAAAGUGUAAAUGCGAGAUCUAAGUGCAUGGUAAAAGUGCAUUAAACCCAAAACAAACGUUUUCCAUUUCAAUACGCACACAGUGCAAAAGCUGAAGAAGUUGAUUUGGAAGCGAAACAAAGAAAAAUGCUGAUUUUCUACACGAAAUUCGCGUUUUUCUUUUGGUUUUUUGUCGGAAGCAAUCAAGGUGAAAUUCUGAUAAUGGAUCAGAUCUCCUACGACGAACUGCUGCUCACGGUGACCGCGUGCACCCAGAACUGCCUGGAAAAGGGCAAGAUGGACUUUCAAGGCUGCUACAACGACUGCCGGGCCAAUGAAACUGCUCCCAUAACCCUUCGCAAAGUGCAGGACAACUAUCUGCUGAAUAUGCUGUGCCGCACGGAGUCGGAGCUUGUGUUCCACAUAGACUGGGUGCAGCACAGAGGGGGAAACGAGUCGGCUCCCAAUGCCACUUACAUAAUCCGGGUGGAUGCUGUGAUAGAGGACAUUCCGCAGACCAGACUUUACCUGUCGGAUGAAAACUUCCUGAUCCUGCCUGGCUUGGAGUCCAACUGCAGCCACAAUGUCACCGCGCUGGCGGUGCACGGGGAUGGCAGCUACUCGCUGAUAGCCAAGGACCAGACCUUCACCACCCUCAUCCGGGGCUACCAGCCCAGCAAAAUGGCACCCGUGAAGCUGAUGCGAUUCCUCCCCCAACCGGGUGAGCCGUAUCGCGUUGCAGCCGAGAUCGAGUGGGAGCCAUCGGCGGACAGCAACUGCUACUUCAACAUGGUGGUCUUGCCAACCCACAGCGUGAAUAUGGACGAGCCGCGGGUGGAUAUGUUCCGGGAUCGAAAGAAGCUCUACAGGCACACGCUGGACAACUUAGAGUUUGACCAACACUAUCAAGUGGGCCUGAGAACGGUGAACAUAAUGAACAAACUCGAGAGCAAUUUGACUUGGGCGGAGGUCGUGGCUCCAAGCUGCUUGGAUUGGUAUCCCUUCAACUACACACUCUGCCCUCCCCUUAAACCGGAGAACUUAAGUGUGGUGCAGGAGCAGUACUUGCCUAACACUCUGGCUCUGAAUAUCACCUGGUCGCGACCCAGUCACCUGCCAGAUAACUACUCUCUCCACAUCUACGAUCUGUUUCACGGGGGUAAGGAUAUCAACUUUACGAUCGAGCCAAACAGAAGCCACUUUUUCGUGUCCAACAUCACGGUUCUGGGCUCCCAUUUCGAAGUCCAUUUGGUGGCAACUUCGGCGGGUGGCAAGAAUGCCUCCGGUUUGACCCUGGAAAAGGUCCCAAGGGAUGUCUGGAUGAUUGAGGGCAACCUGGUCAAGCUGAUACUCUUUAUAAUCGUGCCCAUUUGCUGCUUUUUGAUGCUCUGCUGCCUGACCUUCUGCAGACGGAGUCGAUCGAAUCAUAAGGCCUGGAACGCGAAGGCCGAGGAGUUCCACAUCUCGGUCAUGGACAGCAAUGGGCUGCUGGUCUCCCUUCCAGACAAGGAGAGCAUGGAGGUGGACGAGCUGGAGGUGGAUCCCCGUUCGGUGCUCCUGCAAGAUGUCCUCGGCGAGGGGGCCUUCGGCCUGGUGCGUCGCGGCGUCUACCAGAAGCGCCAGGUGGCAGUGAAGUUGUUGAAAGAUCAACCCAACGAUGAGGACGUGUAUGCGUUCAAGUGUGAGAUCCAGAUGCUAAAGGCAGUGGGCAAACACCCAAAUAUAGUGGGUAUUGUGGGAUACUCCACUCGCUUUAGCCACCAGAUGAUGUUGAUCAUUGAAUACUGUAGCCUGGGAAGCCUGCAGAACUUCUUACGUGAUGAGUGGAAGUUCCGGCAGGAGCAGAAUGCCAUUGGCCUUAAGAAGAAUCUGGAGCAGAAUGUGGAAAAGCGUCGAUUCCCCCCUCGUAACUCCAUUCAUGACCGCAUAGAAGAGUUGAACCGCUCGAUGUUGUCCACUGUGGAGGAGGAGAGUGAGGCGGAUCAGACCCAAACGAGCAGUCGCGUGGAGACCUACACCCUCACCCGGAUCACAAAUGCAGCAGACAACCAGGGUUACGGACUGGGGGACAUAGAAAACAUUGGGGGUAGUGAUAUUCCAGGUGAGCUAAAGAAACUGAAGCUGGGACCAGAGGCCAAGAAAGAGCCCAAGCUGAAGUUCGAGAGCAAGAAACGUACCUUUGAGAACAAGGAAUACUUUGAUUGCCUCGACUCAUCGGAUUCCAAGCCAAGAAUACCUCUCAAAAACGCAGAUCUGCUGGAUAUUGCACAGCAAGUGGCGGUUGGAAUGGAAUUUCUGGCCCUAAAAAAAGUAGUGCAUCGUGAUCUGGCUGCCCGCAAUGUGCUGAUCUCCCUGGACCGCAGCAUUAAGAUUGCGGAUUUUGGGCUGAGUCGGGAUGUGUAUCACGAGAACGUGUACCGAAAGUCUGGAGGUAGUGGCAAGCUGCCCAUUAAGUGGCUGGCCCUGGAAUCCCUCACCCACCAGGUGUACACCAGUCAGAGUGAUGUAUGGUCCUUUGGAGUGCUGCUCUAUGAGAUCACUACGCUGGGCGGAAUGCCGUACCCAUCGGUGUCGCCCAGUGAUCUCCUCCAGCUUCUGCGACAAGGUCACAGAAUGAAGCGACCCGAGGGAUGCUCACAUGAAAUGUUUUCUUUGAUGGAAAAAUGCUGGAGUUCCUUGCCAUCACACAGACCCACGUUUUCCAGCCUUAAAGAGAGACUAGGCGCCAUGAUAGCGGCCACAAACGAUGUGCCAGAAAGGCUGAGACAACUACAGGCUGCCAAUGAAUCAAAACUACAGUCCUGUGACAUCCCACACAGUAAAGUGGAACAAUUGCCCUGCGAGGAGGAGCCUUACCUCGAGCCCUUGAAUUAAACUCCAUUAGUUUUAGAAGCUAAAAAUGAGUGCAAUACAAGAUGGUUGGAGAACCAAUUUUAUUGUAGAAUUAUACAUAGCAUUUUCCAGUUCUGACAACGCUGAAAAGCAUAUACUUAACGUUAAAUGGAAAUAAAAUUAAGAUAGUUUAAGAAAA